CUUUCGUCUUCGUUCGGCCCUCCGUGUUUCGACAGAAGCGUCGUCAAAAUGGCUUUCCUUGGUCAGCCCAUCCGCCGGGCCCCCAGCACUCUCGCGAGAACUGUUCGCUUCGUCGUUGCCCGUAGAAACAAGUCCAUCUUCCCCCCCAACAUCUCCUCCCUGAAGGAGCUGGGCCGGCUCCAGUCCAGCUACCCUCAGGCUCACCCCGAGCUCUUCAACAAGAUGAAGUCUUUCUACCAGAACAUUCCCAAGGGACCCAAGCAGGCGUCUGCUGCCAAGACCUUCUGGGGACGCUACUACGAGAACUACAUCGCCAAGGACUCGUUCGUUCCCGUCUUGCACUUCAUUGGCCUGAUGGUCCCCGUGGGCUUCUACAUCUCAUACUACAAGGGAGGACACUACCACCCCCGCUUCGAAUUCCACUAAUGGUCUGGACUGAGGAUCCCACCUGUUCUUUAAAAGCAGCAGUUUGGAGCGGAGGCCUGCGUCUCUGUGACCUGGACCCCGCCAAAUACAUGCGGAUUCCAUAUAACAUCGGCAUGAGCCCCUGAAUGGCCCUUGUGUUUAGAUCCGUCAAUUUGAGCAUUUAUGAGGGCAUGCUUCGAUCUGGUUUGCCUUUCGACCCAUCGUUGAUUGCCAAAGUAUAUAUGUGCAGUUCAGGCUGGCUCACGGCAAAGCAAAGCUUUGAUGCCAUCGCUUAUGAGAGAACGCAGGGGGCAAGUCCUGCUGAUCGGCCGAGGCCAUCGACGGCCUGGUUGUCGCCGAG